AUGGCAAAAAUCUGGACAUGUAUAGAACAAGUAAUUGUGCAUGAAACUGAAUUGCUUAGAGAUCGCUGUAUAGACCAAGUUAUAAUGUGUUGCAUUUAUGGUAUAUGCAAACUUGUUCUCUAUCGUCCGCUUACAUUUGUUGAUAUAGUUCAGGUGUAUAGAAUGCAACCUCAAUCUUAUCGAGAUAUAUAUCGUCGUGUACUCAUCAACAGAGUUUCUUAUGGUCGUGGCAAUACUGAAGAACGCGGUGAUUUAUCUCGAUUUUACAAUGUUAUAUUUUUACCACAAAUGAAAGACUUCAUUAAAAAGGCAGCAUCUGUACGUUCUACAUAUAAUGAAACAGAUCCUAAUUGUCGAACAGGACAUCAUUCAUUAGGCUCUGAUUCAUUAUCAACCGAUGAUAACACUGUAUUGAAUCAAUGGACGCUUCAUCCAUCAUUAUCCCCAAUGCCUAUUCUCGUAAACAAUUUAGCUUCAAAUUCUGCUGCGGCUCUCAAUUUAGGUCUUGAUCCAACAACUACAUCGGGAGAUAUAAUACAAGCUAGACGUUUAGCCAGUAACCGUAAUAUAUUCAUCAGUCCAGUUAAACAGCAAGUAAACCUAUCUCCGAAAAAAGUCAUUUUUACAGUCGGCCGAAGUACUGGUAAAGAUUUACAAGAUGUUAAUCUAAUGAUAAGCUCUGCUGAACGUCGUGCAUCAAUGGCCAAUUUAACAAUGGGCUUAAAACGUCCAGCAGGUGGUGGCAGUACAACGACUACAUAUGUUGCUAAUUCAUCUCCAUUCACAGUCACUUCUGGAACAAGUUCAUCACGUACAGUUACAUUAGUUGGACCAAGUGGAUUCACUACAAAACGAAUAGAUUUUGAUAUGUGA